UGUGGUGUUCCGCUGUUGGUUUGACAUUAGGUCCGGGUUUUACCUCAGCUUUCUUUAUUCCACCCUACCUUCCCGUUUCUUUCCCUGUUUAAUGCGCCCCAGCCUGCCGUAUGUGUCUAUUUAUUUAUUUAUGCUUUCUGUCUCACAGUAUUUAGUUGUUUUGUUUUAAGUUUUAGACGUUCCUCCAAUGAGAAGGCGUAAAAGAUGGAGCUUCAUAUUUUAGAGCACAGCUUGAAAGUGGCGAGUAUAGAGAAAGAGGGGAUCGAGAUUUGCACCCAUGGAUUAAUAAAACUCGCCUUCCUGGCCUCCAAAACAAGAUGCAAGUUCUUCAGUUUGACGGAGACUCCAGAGGACUACACUAUCAUCGUGGACGAGGAAGGAUUUAAAGAGCUGCCUCAGUCAAAUCUCAUCAGUGUUGCCGAUUCAACAUGGCUGGCGCUCAACGUGGUUUCCGGCGGCGGCAACGCUUCCAGCUCGCAGCCUAUCGGCGUCACCAAAAUCGCCAAAUCAGUCAUCGCGCCACUGGCCGACCACAACAUCUCUGUUUUCAUGCUGUCAACGUAUCAGACCGACUUCAUCCUGGUCCGAGAGCGUGACCUGCCCAUGGUCAUGCACACUCUGUCUUCCGAGUUCACACUGUUCCGGGUUGUCAAUGGAGAAACAGUCGCCGCACACAAUCUGGGAAUCUCCAACGGAUUUGUGAAGCCGAAACUUGUGCCGCGCCCCAUCAUUCACCCUCUGUCCAGCCCCAGCAACAUGUUCUGUGUGACCAGCUUGGACCCAGACACGCUGCCCUCCGUGGCCACGCUGCUCAUGGAUGUCAUGUUCUAUUCUGGAGGGUCAAAAGAGGUCGGGGCGUCCGGCGAGGACUCCAGUCACAUCCGCUUCUUCUCCUUCUCGCUGAUCGAGGGCUACAUCUCGCUGGUCAUGGACGAGCAGACGGCUCAGAGGUUUCCAAACAACGUUCUGUUCACCAGCGCCUCUGGUGAGCUCUGGAAAAUGGUUCGAAUUGGAGGACAACCUUUAGGCUUUGAUGAAUGUGGCAUCGUGGCUCAGAUAUCAGAACCUCUGGCAACAGCUGACAUUCCUGCUUACUACAUUAGUACCUUCAAGUUUGACCACGCUCUGGUCCCGGAGGAGAACAUCCAAAGCGUGAUCAGGGCUCUGCGGACCGAGAGCACAGCGCAGUGAACCACCUUGUUUUGGUUUUUUUUGUUUGUUUUUCUUUUUUCUAGUCAUCUUGUUCAAACGUUUAUCAUUGCCCAAAAAGUGCCAAGAGUGUGUUGGUGGGUUGCUGUGGAUCAGCUCAGAGAAGAAGGAGGCUUCUGCUGCCAUCACUGUCGUUUUUCUCCCUGGAGCCCUCUGCUGGCCGCCGGCUGCCACUGCUUUAGUUUGCUACACUUGAUGUUUCUUUACCUCUACAAGCUGCUUCCUCCCACCAGCACCAUACUGUAAAACCUACUUCAAUCCUCUCAAGGAAGAAUGACGAAUGUACUCCAAAUCAAAGAAAUAUUCAGUAAGCUCUCCAUCGUUUUCUCAGUGCCAAUGUGCUUAAACGUUGAACCCGAUGCCUUGUCUGACUGCUGCACGUUUGCAGUGAAGGAGGCGGUUUCAUGGUUACACUUUUGAUUUUAUCUUUUAGUCCAUGUUAAACUGAACCAACAAUGACCUGACCCAGUCCUUCACACCUUGUGGUUAUUAUGGGAAGUCUGGUCUGGAGACGCAUGAAGGAAAUCAUAAGAUGUGCUUUGGGAUGUUUGGUGAAUUCACACUGUGAGCAGCCUGGCUGAUUUUAGAACUGUGACUCAAAUGAACUUUUUUUUUUUUUUUUUUUCUAUUUAGCAUUAAUUACUCUUCAUAAUCUAAUAAAUCAAUAUUUAAAUCAUUGAGGUUGCUUUUGAAAUUGGAACCUAAAAGAUCUGAUUUCAGGUUUAUAUGCAACACUUUAAAGACACUCCAUCAUCAUUGCACUGUUAUUGUUUAGUGUUCACAGGUCAGCUUUAAACUUCCCAAAUAAAAUAUUUUACAAAGUUUGUCUCUAAAACCUAAACUGGUUUCUGGAAGAACUUUAAAUAACUUACAGGUUAGUUUUCUGAUUUUAACAGAAACAUUGUAACAAACCAGACAAUUGUCACCAAUUUGAAGUUAUCAAAAUUGUAGAAAUGUACGGAUAUAAUGUUUUAUAUCUUAUUUCACUACUAUUUCUAAGACAUAAACAGCAGCAGCACUAACUUCAGUCCUGCCCUUCAUCACAAUCACGGUCACAUGACCCAACGGCUUCCUUUCCAGAAACAUCAGAUGGAAAUAAAUAUCAGGUUUGAACAUCAGCCCAGUUUUAUCGGAUUGAUGUCAAUAUGUUAAAAAAUGACAAAUUACUUCACCAGAAUAAAUUCACAGCAGUAAAACAUUCAGUUGGGGCAGAGCCACAGAAAAACAUCACUGUUUGAACAAACUAGGUGAUAUUUGUGGCAGCAUGAUGCUGCGUUUGGGUUCAACUACCUGCUCAGUCCAACGCUCUGGAAAAUAUUCAACCGCACCGUGGAACGGAGGCAAUAGCAAAUAUUAGUUAGCUGGCUUGCUAGCUUAGCUUUGCAUUCCCUUAUAUUAGCCAAUCUGGAAAAAAAUUAAUUGCCAUAAUGUUUCUGCUGGUUCCCAGAUGACGACAAAAUUAUUAUUCUGGGUCAUAUAUUAAUUAAUUUGUAACUAUUUUUGCUCAGCAGAAACAUCUAAUUGGAAAGAAAAACAAGAUGGAAGAAAAAACUGCUAAGUAGCACAAGCACUGAUGCUCUAUUAUAAUAAAAAAAAGGUUUAGAAAAUACCAAAAUAAUUUUUUGAAUAUUUAAAAUCUGGAUCUUGGUCCCUGCAUGUAAACAGGAAGUUCCAACUGCAACUUGUAAUUCAACUUCUUGGGAACAUUCACUUUUUCCAACUCCAUAUUUGAACUUGCCUUCGUUUUAAUCUAGUAGCCAUCAGCUACAACAGUAAGAACCUUUUCUGAUUUACCUGUUAAAUCAGCUUCAGUUCUGUCUGAAUCCCCUGUGAAAACAGGAGCCUGAUUUAAAUCCAUUUAAAAGGAUUUUUAUUCAUAAAACUGAUGUCCAAAUUACACAAGUUCUCCAGCCAAGAACAAGCAACUGUUUAUCUAUUUCUAGCCAAAAGUUGGGCUGGGGUUCUGAUUUUUUAUUUUUUGUCCCUUAACAGACCGACUAAAAUUUGAAACAUCUUGAUGAAAUGGUGAAGUUGUUUUUGACAUGUUGAGGAGAGAAUACACUGAGGACAGAAACAUGAGUCAGUUGAACCUCCAUAGCAAUAGAUACUCUCAAUGCAGAAACGAUCAUUCAUAUGAGCCAUAAAGUGAAAUGUUUUCUUCAUUUCUUUUAACCAAAAUCGAAACUUUCAAUGAUUCUCUCCAAAUGCUUAAAACAACAUUUUCAUCAGAAACCGCAGGGAACUCGACUAUCUGUGCUUUUCCCUUCCUGUCGGCUUUUUAUUGUUGCAGAAAGCUGCAAAAUAAAUCCUCCACAGAUUAAUGCGUCUUUAAGGCAUUGCACGAUAAUCUUUAAAAACUCUGUUUGAUUUAAAAAUUACUUAAAACAAUUUUAGAAGUAAAUUAUGUGCUGUUGAUCCUGUAAGACCAGGUUUAAAACUCCAGUUUUUGAGUCGUUCACUGCAUUAAAAAAAUCCUUCAGCUUUUAUUGAGGGUUUACAGAAGAUGAUCAGGGCCACUGAAUAAAAACAGAACUUUGAAUUUAACCUCAGAAUUUAGACUUUUUCUGAAUUCAUUCUUUGAAUUCUAAUUCUGCCUCAAAAUAUGACGGUCAUCACUCGGCUGUUUCUACCUUGUUUUAGGAUUGUAAGCGUCAUCCACACUAGAUUUGACUUUUAAGAUUAGAUGUGGAUGAAAUUGUGCACAAACAAUUCUGAGAAGAAAAAAAAGUUGCAAUUCUGAUUAAAGUCAAAUUCUGUUUUGUUUUGUUUUUUAGUGUCUCUAAUCCUCCAAAGUGUUUACACUUUAAAACCAAAUGUUUCACCUCAGAGCAGGCCAAUAGAAAGCUGCACUCUGCCAGGUCGUUCUGAUGCUGCCGUUGCUCACAGUGUGACGAUGAACUGAUGAAUGAUGAUCUGCAGUUGUGAUAAAUUACUGAGCCACUUUGAAAAUGUGCUGAACAUAAGCUACGGUUCACAGGGGGAAGGAAGGUUCCUCUCCCAACCCUGCUGUCCAUUUAGGUCUUGAAGCCGCCUCCCCCUCCCCUCCGGCUCCAGUCUGCACUUUAACACAGGUCCCCCCUCCACCCUGCACUGACCUGCUGUACUGAUGUGAAACCAGAGAGGACUUCUCACUUCACACUGAUUUUCUCCACGUGGAAGAGGUUGUGACGAUGUUCUCCCUGACCUUCAACCUCUGAUCAGAUUAGUAGAAAUCAUGUCUAUCAGUGUUAAAACUCCAGGAAGGUAACUUUUGUUUUUCUGAUUGCAUUUCAAAGAAACGUGUUAAAAGCUUUUCAUUUGGAGCUUCUGGUGUGAAAAUAAAAUAAACGAGCUGUUUUUUGUUUUU